GUGCUUCUAUAAUAUUUUUUUUCUUAUACAUGACUUGACACGUCCCAUGAAAUAAAUGCCAAAGGAACAAGUUUUUUGCUAAGUAGUUUGUGUGUGUGUUGUUGCAAUCGUUCCUCUCACCUCGAAAUAUAUCUGCCUACUUGGCACCUUUCAUUUUCGUAUCUUGAACCUUUGUAUUCAUAUCGUAUAGAUAGUAAAAGUGUUUGCGGUAUAUCGUGUAUAGAUGUCUAUCAAUAGCAGAGUACAGAAGUUCAAUCGGAACCAAGAAGAACCAAAUAUGAUUCGCAGCAUAAAAUUAUGUGGCUACAGGGGACUGAAUCUAGAACCCUAUGCAAGCUCAUUACAAUUGAUCAGCAACUACACAUCAACUAAAGCAAAUUUAAAUGUUCAGAACUUACCGAGACUGCCAGUUCCAAAACUUAAUGACACACUCACCAAGUACCUUAAAACUGUUAAACCAUUCCUUAGUGAUGAAGAAUUUGCAAAUACAACAAAAUUGGUAAAGGAAUUUGCAUCUCCUGGAGGUGUUGGGGUAAAGUUACAGAGUCUCCUUGAGAAGAGAGCGGAAAAGCAUACUAACUGGCUUGAAGAAUGGUGGCUAAACACUGCUUAUCUGGAAUACAGAGAUCCAGUUGUUGUGUUUUCUAGCCCAGGCUUGGUAUUCCCCUUUAGAAAAUUCAACAACCAAGAUGAACAGUUGCAUUAUGCUGCAAAAACAUUGUUGGCCGCAUUGGAGUAUAAGGCAUUGAUAGAUGGAGACAAAAUCCCAGUAGAAAUGAUGGGAAAAAGUCCACUUGAUAUGUCCCAAUACAAGAAAAUAUUUGGAACAUGCAGGAUCCCUGGAGAAAAGAGGGAUAAAUUAUCCUUUAAUGAUACCAAAUAUGUUACAGUUAUUCAUAACUACCAUAUUUUCCAUGUUGACCUUUGGGGUAGCGAUAAUAAAAAAUUAAGCGAAGAUCAAAUCGUGCAGGCGUUGAAAAAAGUUAUAGAACUUUCUAAGAGUCCAUCUAGUGAAGCUAUCGGCGUCCUCACCUCCGACAAUCGUGACAACUGGGCUAAAGCGUAUCAAGCCUUAAGCAAAGGUAUGAAUGGACAGUCAAUCAUAUUUAUUUUCAACACAUUUCAGUGAAAUCUUAUUUGACUUUCAAAAUACUAUUAGGUCUUGUCAAAGUAAAGAUCAUGAAAUAUGUGUGACAGACAAAUGGUGUCAGAACAGCCCUCCACCACCCAUGGACCCAACUGAUUAUUCGGCUAUUAUUUUCAGUUCAUAGUGGGCGCGGAUGGUGUCACAGGCUUGACGUACGAGCACUCUCCGGCCGAGGGACAGCCUAUAGCCGUCCUCACAGACUUCAUUAUUAACUACAUAGAUAAGGGUAGUACAAGUAGUGAAUCAUCAUCAAGUCCCAAGGAGCCUGUCAAACUUAACUUUAACGUGAACGCUGAUGUCGCCGACAUGAUCAGUACUGCCAAAACUAAUGUAGACAAACUUGUGGACGACCUUGAGUUAAAUUGCUUCACAUUUGAUGAUUAUGGAAAGAAUUUUAUCAAGUCACAAAAAUUUAGCCCCGACAGCUAUCUGCAGAUGGCUAUGCAAUAUGCGUUUUACAGGGUGCACGGGACGGCGGGCGCGCACUACGAGUCGGCGGCGACGCGCAUGUUCGUGGGCGGGCGCACGGAGACCAUCCGCUCCUGCUCGCCGGAGUCGCUGGAGUUCGCGCGCGCCAUGCUGCACGCGCGCGCGCCGCACGACCAGCUGCGCGCCAUGCGCUCCGCCGUGCACGCGCACAAGGACUACACCGUGCAGGCUCUACAAGGAUUAGGAGUCGAUAGACAUCUCCUUGGACUGAAAUUGACAGCUCUCGAAAAUGGUAUCGAGAUCCCGAAAUUAUACUCGGACGAGGGUUAUCGUCGCAGCGCUCACAUGAGGAUAUCCACCAGCCAGGUGGCGUGCAAGUGCGACGGGUUCAUGUGCUACGGUCCGCUGGUGGCCGACGGGUACGCGACCUGCUACAACCCGCGCGACGACGACGUCAACUUCGCCACGUCCGCCUUCCGCCGCCAUCCCGACACCGGCUGCGCGCAGUACCGCGCCGCGCUUGAGCACGCGCUGCGCCACAUGCGCGACCUGCUGCUGCACUCCGUGCCCUCCAAACUGUAACAUCGCCGCAUCCCGCCACCGGCUGCGCGCAGUACCGCGCUGCGCCACAUGCGCGACCUGCUGCUGCACUCCGCGCCCUCCAAACUGUAUCAUCGGUGCCUUAUCAAGAUCUAGCUCGAUUUUGACAAUCGUUGCGCAGCCUUGUUGAUAAAAAUGUUACCAAGUUAUAGUUUGUCUUAAAAUGUAUAUUGGAUAAAAUCUUAUAAUCUUAUGGCAAUGAGAACGGUAUCAUUGGCGGCAUAGAUGUUAAAUUGUACGUAAAGUCAUUUUUUUAUUUUUCUAACAUUCUUAAUGUGAUAGGAACAUGUCAGGGUAUUUUUAAAAUGAAAUUCAAGUCGAUGAAUAUAUCUAUAUUUAAAAGUAAUAAAUUAAUAAGUUGAUUUAAAUCAAAAAUCAACAUUCUUAUAUGGAUUAUUUAACAUUAUCUAUCGACCAAACGAAGUAAGACAUUGUAUUCAUAACAUAUGUAAGAAUUAAUAGAUCAAAUUUAAAAACACCCAUUGUAAUAUUUUUAUUUGACCUUAAAAACAGGGAGGUUCUCGAUUAGUUUGCAUACUAGAUAUUCAAUUGGAAUACAUACAUAAUUCACACUUCGUUUUUUCACCUUUUAUAUGGCUUGAGUCUUUGACAUAGAGAGCUGGUGACUCAAUAAUUUUCGACACAAAAAUAACAGCGUUGAAAAUUUAAUCAGAAGAGUGUCCUUUAUAAUACAAUGUUAUUGACAUGACAACAAACUACUUAAGUUUAUCUCAUAGCUAAAAGUUUGUAGCUCUAUAAAAUGUAUGAGGGUGUACCAGUAUAAAAUAAAAUCAAAAUAACGAUAGGUCAUUGUUUAUUUAUAUAUUUUCUCAUAUAACGCUAAUAUACGAUUAAUAAAUAAAUUCAAAUCAAAAUGAAUAAGUUAGCAUCAGACAAAUAAUGAUAUUUAAGAUUACAUGUAUAUGCAUUUUAACUAAUGUCCACCUGACACACAAACCAAGCCCGAUACUUAACUAGUGAAACUAUUGAAUGGGACGAACCACUUUGGUAUUCAAUAAUUUUACAUCAAAUUCACAUUUCUAAUAAGUUUUAUUCGAAACAACUUUUAUAGUAUAAUGCAGUUUCAUUCUAACGCUAAUUUUAUUUAUAUCUUAACUCUUUAACAACUACAAUUACUUUCAAGACCCAAAAUAAGAAUGGUAUAGAAACUGCUUGAUGUUACUAUAAAAAUAUUUUAAUGAUCCCGAAUUUAGCUCUACGAGAGGAAAGCCAGAUUUACCAAUUUCUACCGGCAUGUUACUCAAAUACUUUUGUACUUUAUAUCAAAACGUUUUGACGUAACAGGCGUGAGAAAAUAACAGAUCUUAUUAUAAUGGAACAAAAUAUAAGUGCAUACGAAACUUUUAAUUAAAUGUAGUAAUACAACAGUUAUAGCAGUACAUUAAGGAGAAAGUUAUUCCUAUAUCGUAUUCUCUAAAAUCUUAAAAUACCUGUUUCUUUGUUAACCUUAACUUCUUUCAAAUUAUGGAAUAAUCGAAAGUAACAAUAUUUAAAAAACAAGUGCUAUAUAUAAGCUAAACCACUUUUAAUUAUAUAACUAAUUUUAGGUGUAACAAAUAACAUUACAUUAAUUGAAAGAUACUCAUGAUGUUAAGGACACAAAAAUAUAUUUAGAAUCCAAUAAAUUGUAUUAAGAUUGAUUAAGGAGUGACCACUUUUAUAAAAAAAAAAAA